UAUUUUGACAGAUAAUAACAUAACCUCAAAGUAAAUAAAAUGCGGCUCUUCCAAGCGCUUUUUCGCCGAAGAAAUUUGCCAAACGGCAAUAUUUACACCGGUAAACAUCGUUUAAUACAGCAAGUAAAACCUGAGCACAUACAAGAUUUAAAAAACAAACUUGCAAUUGAAGAGAAAAAUAUGUUUUUAUUGAGACAUCCUUAUCUAACACCAGAGCAAUCAAAGGGGCAUUCUAUAGCUUUAGGAAAACAGGUGGAGCGAAUGGAAAGGUUACGAGCCAUGAAAAAGGAUUUUAAAGACCAUGUUACUUUAGAGGAUCGAUUAGGGCAUUUGAGAUAUAACGAAGCUUGGGAUUAAUUUGGUUAAUUUUAAUUAAUUAGUUUAUAAUAAUUAGA